AUGCUGCGGAAACUCAGCGAGGAGCAGAGCCCGGACUGGUUCACCAUCGGCGGGGCCGUCACCGCCGUCGAGCUCCUGGGCGAGGAGGCGUGGGUCGGUCGCCGUGGCGCUUCGCCCCACAACCCCGCACAGGAACCGCUGGCGGCUGCGGGGCUGCCUAUCUCAGCAAAUGUUAGAACUGAAUAUGCUAAAAAAUACAGACAAGCAGAGGAACAAGAGCUGAAUGUAGCUGGAAAUGAUCAACUUGUCUAUAAAACAGGUACUUCAUUGUCUCAGUGUGAAUCAAGUGAUUCAAGUUCUAUAGCAAUAAGUAAGUGUAAAUAUUUGGAUAUGCCUACAGCCAAACACAGGGAAAAGAUAGUGUCUCUGAUACAAAACAAUUCAGUUGUGAUUGUAGAAGGAGCGACUGGCAGUGGAAAGAGCACACAGAUUCCACAAUAUAUUUUGGAUUAUUGCAUGAACCACUCUGUGCCCUGUAACAUUGCUGUUACCCAGCCUCGGAAAAUCGGUGCCAGCAGCCUUGCUAGGUGGAUUAGCAAGCAACGCUCAUGGACACUAGGUGGAUUUGUAGGAUACCAGUUAAGUUUAGAGAAUGUUUGGACAAAGGAGACGAGGUUGCUGUAUAUGACAACGGGAGUUCUUCUUCAGAAAAUAGUUUCUGCCAAGAGCCUAACUCAGUUCACGCACAUUUUCAUUGAUGAAGUGCACGAACGUACAGAAGAAAUUGAUUUCUUGCUCUUGGUGACCCGUAAACUGUUGUGUACAAAUUCACAGUCUGUAAAGAUAAUACUGAUGUCUGCUUCCAUCGACUCCAAAGAAUUAGCUGAUUACUUUGCGCUUCCAGUUCAUAAUGGCUUGAAUCCAAUCUGUGUAUUUAAGGUGGAAGGCAGACCUUUUGCAGUUGAAGAAUAUUAUCUUGAUGAUUUGAAGGACAUUUUUGAUUUCCAGCUUCAUCCUCAGAGCAUUGGGGAACCAAGGAUAGAAAAGAAAAUGUAUCAAGUGGCAGUGUCUCUGAUUCAGUCAUUUGAUGAGUUGGAAAAGAGGAGCAAUAGGGAGAAAAAGAACUUGAGUGGUACAUUGGAACGUGGCAGCGUGCUUGUGUUUUUACCAGGUUUAGGUGAAAUAAGAUACAUGCACUCAUGCCUCUCAGAUAAAUAUAAAAGGUGGCAAGUGUACCCACUUCAUGCAUGUGCAACAUUGGAGGAACAAAGUAAAGUAUUUUCGGCUACAGUUCCUGGCUACAGAAAAAUUAUUCUAGCUACCAACAUAGCUGAGAGCUCUGUAACAGUUCCUGAUGUUAAGUAUGUGAUAGAUUUCUGCUUAACUAAAAUUUUGGUUUACGAUAAGGAAACUAAUUACCAAAGUUUGAGGCUUUGCUGGGCAUCUAAGACAAACUGUAAUCAAAGAAGAGGUCGUGCUGGACGUGUUUCCAAAGGCUUUUGUUACAGGCUCAUACGCAGGGACUUCUGGGCAGACUGUAUUCCUGAGAAGUCAGAACCUGAGAUGCUGCACUGUUCAUUGGGAGCUACAGUAUUAAAAUUAAAGAAGCUUGGUAUAGGGGAACCAAAAGCCUUGCUGGCAGCAGCUCUUUCUCCACCCAGUGUAGGUGACAUUGAACGUACAAUAGUUCAGCUGAAAGAGCUUGGAGCACUUACAGCUUGUGCGCAAACCGAAGAAAAUCUGCAUGAUGGUGAGCUGACUUUCUUAGGAAUGAUACUGACACAGUUGCCAGUGGAGCUGCAUCUUGGAAAAUUGAUAGUCCUUGGGCAUGUCUUUGGUUGCUUAGAGGAAUGCCUUAUUAUAGCUGCAGCAUUGUCUUCACGGAAUUUUUUUGCAGUACCUUUCAAAAAGCAUGUUGAUGCAUACAGGAAAAAAAUGUUUUUUGCUGGGAAUAGUAGGAGUGACUGUAUUGCAAUUCUGAAUGCAUUUAGGGCAUGGCAGGCCUGCAAAGAGAAAGGGAAGCUGAGAAAUCCCAUGGAAGAGCUUGAGUGGGGUCGUUCUAAUUGUGUUCAUAUAAACAAGAUCAAAGAGGUGGCAGAGUUAUUUCACAACUUGAAAAAGAGAGUCAGUGCCUUUAACAUGCAUGUUAAAGCUCAACCAUGUGCUGUGGACCAGGAAUAUGUGUGCAAACAACGCUUCAUCUUGCAGGUGGUAAUAGCUGGUGCUUUCUAUCCAAACUACUGUACUUUUGGAAAAUGUCAUGAAGAAAUUGCCAUGAGAGACCUUGCUGGCAAGGAUCCAAAAACCACUGUAAUGCUGAAGAACAUUCCUCCCUUUGGAUAUAUAUACCAUAAACAGUUGCAGUCACUGCUUAGACAGUGUGGGCAGGUAAAAUCUAUUUCCUACAAUGGAUCAAGGGCUUUUGUGGAGUUCUCCCGUAAUCCAAAGGAGGUCUUUAAGGUGCUUCCUGAAGUGUACCUGGCGAUCAAGAUGUCGCAGCUGAAGAUUCCUUUUGAGCUGUAUGUUCAUUAUCCAGAGGAUAUCACAAGACAAGUGCAAGGUGCAGCAGCUGCAGGCUUGGAAUUUGUAAGAGUAAAUGUGGAUUGUCAGAAGCAGACAGUGGAGCCUGUGGAAAUCUCAUUUGGUGGUUUACAAAUGUCAGAGAUGAUCCCAAGUCGUUACCUGUCCAUCAGGGUAACAGAGGUAGUAGAAGUUGGACACUUCUGGGGUUACAGGACAGAUGAAAAAAACACAGCUGUACUCCAGGCUCUAAGUGCUGAAAUUGACUAUCAGAACCUGAUGGAUUUAGCAGUGCCUCCACGUGUAGAUGUGCUUUGUCUGGCACCAUUCACUUAUCUGGGAAAGAGAGGAUACUACAGAGCUCACGUUCUGUAUAUUCAUGGGGAUCUUGCUGAGGUUUUUUUUGUGGAUUAUGGCAAUAGAUCAGAAGUGCCUUUAAAUAAAUUAAAAGAGAUUCCAAGCUGUCUUCAGGGGCUUCCUUUCCAGGCUUUAGAGUUCAAGAUCUGCAAGAUGAGUCCCUCUGCCAGAUCGCUGGUGUGUGGGGAGCGGUGGAGCUGCAGCGCCAGCCAGAGAUUUUUCUCGCUGGUCAGCGGCUGCACUCUGCUCGUGGAGGUUUAUUCCCUCGUGCACGGGGUCCUGCACGUGGAUGUUUUCCGUCAUUGGGGCAGCAAAGGCCUGCUGAACAUUCGGGAUGUGCUCAUCGAGGAGUGUCACGCUGAGCUAGCAGAGGAGUCAUACGAAUCACAACAAAGCCAUGAUUUGCUCAAGGAAUUAUUUUCGGACGAAGCAAAGGAAAAAGAGCAAAUGCCUGUAUCUGCAAGACAGGAAGAAAAGCAUCUCAUUGAAAGAUUGUUGAAUUGUUUUUCUGAAAAGAAAUCUGAUGCACCAACCCAUAAGGUAACAGUUUUUGGUCCGUUCAGUCCUUAUCAGCUGAAAUGCUACAGUCUGACCAGAAUAUCCCAAUUCAGAAAUGUUUUCAUAAAUAAGGAGAGCAUAAACUCCAUUGUUGUCCAUGAUGGUGAAGAUCCCUUUCAGCAGCUCUUGGUCGCCACUGAUGUAUCAGUAACUGCAGCUGGGUGUCUGAUUUUAGGAGAAACAUCUUUGAUGCCUCCUAUUCAUGGCCUGCUUGCACUCCUUAGUAUGCUGUUUGCUCCUGCAAUAGAACUCAGAGUUGAUAAAAGUGGGAAGUAUUUUACUGGUGUUCUUUGUGGUUUGGGUUGGAGUCAGACAUCUAGGACUCCACUGCUUCCAGCAAAUGAUAUGGAGGUGACAUUUGAUGUGCAUUUCGGCAUGGAAGACAUAAGAGAGAUAAACAGUCUGAGGACAGCCAUGAAUAAGCUGCUCUGUGAGCAAGCAGUGUAUUCUGGACAAGAGCAAGUGGCACAGCUGCAGGAGAAUAUUCGUCAGAAGCUUCUAUGUUUAAUCUGCAAAUCAAAGCCUCGAAACAUAAUUGAUCCUACCUGGUAUGAGAAGCCAUAUGCAUGGAAUCAGGUGGAUUCUCAGCGUAUUAUUGACGAGUCUGAAAAGCAGCAUGAAGGAGGAAAUUUUGUUUAUCAGCUCCACAAACUUGUUUUGUUGAAUGAUUAAGUAUUUCUAGAAGUGUUUCAGAGGAUGAGGCAUUAUUAGUCUAAAAAUUACUUCUGCCUUGUAUGCAUGUUUUGCAAGACUGUUCCUUAAGAUGAGUACAAGUGUACUGAAAUACAGUUUGGAAAAUGUUCCUGUGUUUCUGAAAAAGUUGAUGUUUGUUGGCUUAGAGCAGACAAGUUUAGUCAUAAAGGCAACUGAUAUAAAUCAGGAUGCAAUUUUCAUUUUAGUAAUACUUCUGAACAGGUUUAUCACAAAGUACAUGAAAGAUGAAGCAAAUCCAGGCUUAGUUGUUCAUUUUCUGUCUGAAAACUCAUAAAUUAAGGGGCAUGACUUCUUUUGUCUGUAAUUGCAAGUUGCGUUUUCCUGUUUUCUUUUUUACUAGUUUAAAAAUAUAUGCAACAAAGGGGGUUGGGGUUUUCCUUAAUCAAUAAAUAAAAGUCAGAAGAAACUGAUGAUCUAAAUGAUGUUCUGCUCCAAGCUGUAUCUUCAUAUACUGGAUACAGUUUUUUUGUUAAUUUUUUUGUACAGCAAAACAAAAGAUGAUUUAUUUUCUUGUAUGACAGAAGAAUACUUUUGAAUUACUGAUUCAUGGCAGUUUGUUUCAUCCUUUCAUCUUAUUUUUACCUGGGAGAUCUUUAGCCCUAAAAACAAGGUCAGUGGUUUCAGACUACAAUGCAGAAAUUAAAUAAAAUGUUUUUGUCUCUUCCCUUG